AUGUCAAGAUUAGAUAGAUUGGUUGUACUACUAGAGACUGGAUCAACUUCAUUUAUUAGAAACACAGCUGCUGAUCAAUUAUCAGAUUUAGCGAAAUCCCACCCAGAAGACAUUUUAAACUUACUUGCUAGAGUAUACCCGUUUCUUAAAUCAUCCAAGUGGGAAACAAGAAUUGCAGCUGCACGAGCAUUUGGUGGUAUAGUCAAUAAUGCACCACUAUGGGAUCCAAACUCACAGGAACAGAUUAAAGAAGAGAAUGACACUGAAAUUUUAGUUAAAAAGGAAGUUGAAGAUAGCUUAACAUUUGGAUCGAAGGAAUUUAUCAAACAAGAAGCUCAUGAAGAAGUCAAGAUUAAAAUCGAACAAGACUUGGAAUUAAACAAGAUUGAUGACUCUAUAUCCAAUUUGUUACUGUUUAGUAAUUUUGAUUUACAUGAAUUGAUCAAGAGUGGGACCACUUUAUUAGCAUCCAAGUCAGACAACACUUUAAAUUGUGAUGAAGAAAUUAGUGACGAUGAUCGAACUUUAAUUGGAAGAAUCAAACGACACCGAGCUAGUAUUCUACCGAAACAGGAAACACCAGAUGCAACAGAAACCGCAAAUACCAAUGAUUCAAUUAAAAUUAAAACGGAACCACAGUCUGACCCAUUGAUCAAGCAAGAGCCAUUUUAUGGCGAUGAGACAGUGUCUUCGGAUACGCCUACUACAACCACCACCACCACCACUAGACCACCACUAGAUACUCCAUCAAAACCAGUUUCUAGUGCCAGGUUAAAAGCUAUACAGAAAAGAAGAGCCAAGUUUAAUGCCAAGUCGGGUGCCGCCAACAAGAUGAAAUCAGUCGACAUUUCACAAAGUUCAAUUUCAAGACAAAUGGUUGAGAAUGGGGAUGUUAUGGAUAUUGAUUCUGAUAACAAUGGAGCUAAUCACCCACAAUAUGACUUAACUUCGCAGCAAGGUGGAGAAAAGUUGGUUGUUGAAGCCAAAGUUGAAGAAGUUUCACCUUUACUUUCCUUGCAUAAUAAAGCAACGGGUCUAAUCUGGCUCUUCCAAGGAGUUUACGAGUUGUUGUUGGCUGAUUUGUUUGAUGACAAAUGGGAAAUUAGACACGGAGCCGCAUUGGGGUUAAGGGAAUUGAUUAGAAUACAUGGUAAAGGUGCAGGAAGAAUAAUGAAUAAAACUAAACAAGAAAACGAUCACAACAACGCUGCGACUUUGGAGGAUUUGGCAGUGCGGUUAUGCAUCUUGUUUGUUCUUGAUAGGUUUGGUGAUUAUGUUUCUGAUACUGUGGUUGCCCCUGUUAGGGAAUCAAGUGCCCAAACAUUGGCCGCACUAUUGAUCCAUUUGGAUGAUUUGACAGUUGUAAAGACAUUUGACUGCUUAUACACAAUGGCAUUACAAGAAGGACUACCACCACCUAAAUGUUGGGAGGCUAAACAUGGUGGAAUGUUGGGAGUUCGUUAUCUUGUUAGUGUGCGAACCGAUGUGUUGCUAAGUAAACCAGAUAUGUUUGACCGAGUUUUGAAUAUGGUUCUCCAUGGACUUCAAGAAAGUGACGAUGAUGUACAGUCAGUGGCAGCAUUGACAUUGACUCCAAUUGCUUCUGAAGUUGUAUCGACUCGAAAGACUGUAAUUCAAUCAUUGUUGUCGGUGAUUUGGGAUUGUUUGAUUAAUUUGCGAGAUGAUUUGUCAGCUUCAAUUGGUUCUGUUAUGGACUUGUUGGCGAAAUUGUGCAGUCACAGCGAAGUAAUUGACAUUAUUCAACACGAUGCAGCCAAAGACGACAGUUAUUCAUUUAAACACUUGGUACCCAGAUUAUACCCCUUUUUAAGACAUUCAAUAACAAAUGUGAGAAAAGCUGUUUUACGCACCAUGUUGGAGUUUUUAUCCAUAACUGAGGAAAAUAUUACCAAAACUUGGAUUGAUGCCAAAACCAUUAGACUCAUUUUUCAAAACUUGUUGGUUGAACAAAAUUCCGAUGUCUUGCUACUAUCAAUAAAAGUGUAUAACAAAUUGCUCCAAGAAAUUGACAAGUACAAUAUGGAUUUAGUUACCUUGUUUGUUUCACAAUUGCCGGACUUGUUGAGUUUGACCAUGACACCAAUUGGAAUAGCAAGACAAAAUUACCAAAUGGAUACCAAUUUGAUCAUGAGACCUCUGGGGCAAAUGGUUGGUUCUUUGGAUGAUGAAGAUUGUCGUCGUGGUAAGAAACGCAAUAGACUGCAAACAAUGCAAACUCAAGAGUCGAAACCAGUUGAAACAAAUGGUAUACCUAUUGAGGAUUUGAAAAUCAACAUUGAUGCGCCGGUAUAUAAGGGUGAUGUUGUGUUGAUUGGGCUUGAAAAGAUGAUUGCUACGCGAUGUGCUGGUGCUAGUGCUUUUGGCAAGACUCUUGCUUUAAUCAAAGAUCGAGCCACUUUGAAAAAAGCUCUUGAACAUUUGUCAUCGUACUUCAAUUCACCAUUUGAGACAUCAAGACUACUAGGUGCACUAAUUGUUGAAGAAUUUGCAACAUCACUAAAGCAGCAACAACAGCAUCAUACACCGGAUGAAGAAACCAUUGCGAUAUUUUCUGAUACGUUAAUGUCAACACUUCAAAAUCCAAACUCACUCCCAUAUUUUCGCGAAUUAAUACCGUCACUCAAGGCGGUAAGAACUUCAUGUUUGCAAUUAUUCGAUUGCUUUGUCUCCACAGCUAGGUUAUCUCCAUCGAAAAUACCUCAAAUACCUAUCCUUGUUCAAGGUGAGACUGAUGCCGGUCCAAAUGCAUUUACCCUAGAAAGUGCCGAAAAGAUUACUGGUGGUGUGUAUGACAAGUUGAAAAAGAACUUAUCCAGUAGUCAUCGUUUAGCGGCGAACCGCGUCUUGGAAGAUGCCAAGCAUAGAGUCACACUCGCUGUUAAUGAGUGUAGGAGUUUGAUUAAUUCGAAAAAUACUGCCCUAUUGGCAUCUUAUGCCGGUGCGGCAUUGGCGUUAUCGGGCAUUCCCAAAAAAUUGAAUCCAAUCAUUAAAUCAUUAAUGGAGAGCAUUAAAUCAGAGGAAUCGUUAGUGUUGCAGAGGAAAUCAGUAUUUUCAAUAGCUAGUUUGAUUUCUCAAUUGAAUGACUCGGGCAAGAGAAAUGUUGCUGAUAAGAUUAUCAAAAAUUUAUGUGCCUUUUUAUGUGUUGAUACAGCAGAGGUUCCUGAGUUUCAUCACAAUGUUGGAUUCAAGACGAAUAUCUUGUCCUUGAGGAAAGAGGAAGGCAUCAGUGAUUAUGCCGAUGCAGCAGCACACGAAAGAGCAGUUCAAGAAGCAAGAAUCAAACGUCGUGGUGCUUUGUUGCUGCUUGAGGAAAUUAUUCUGAUAUACAAGGAGAACCUAUUUACCAAAGUGCCUAAAUUGAAGGAACUAAUGGUGGGACCAUUAAAGGAGUUGGCCACGACUAACAGUGAUGAAAUAAUCAAGGAUGAGUUCAAAGGACAAAGCAUUAUUGAUGCUUUGGGUAUAUUAAAGGCAUUACUUCCCAAGAUUGAUCAAUCAUUGCACCUGGAAAUUACCGAUCAUUUAGAUCUUUUGUUACCAGGAUUGAAAUCAGAAUAUUCUGUAUUUCGUUAUUCAACUGCCAAAUGUUUUGCCACAAUUUGUUCAGUGGCGCCAACAAAAGCAUUUACAUUUUUGGUCAAGUCCAUUUUACCAAUGUUGAAAAAUGCUGGUAGCAUCAUUGAACGACAAGGAGCCAUUGAAACUAUUUAUCACAUUUCGGCGGUGAUGGGUGCUAGUAUUUUGCCAUAUGUGAUGUUUUUGAUUGUACCUGUAUUAGGAAGAAUGAGUGAUUCUGAUCAUGAUGUACGAGUUUUGGCCACUACUACUUUUGCAUCAAUCAUCAAGUUGGUGCCAUUGGAGGCUGGUAUUCCUGAUCCGGAAGAUAUGCCACUGGAAUUGUUGGAAGGUAGAGAACGAGAACGUGACUUUAUCUCACAAAUGAUGGAUCCAUCAAAGAUUAAACCAUUUGAUUUACCAGUGUCGAUUAAAGCAACUUUGCGAAAGUAUCAACAAGAAGGUGUGAAUUGGUUGGCGUUUUUGAACAAGUAUCAUUUGCACGGUAUUUUGUGUGAUGAUAUGGGAUUGGGUAAAACGUUGCAAACCAUUUGUAUAAUCUCCUCUGAUCAUCAUAUCAGAGCAGAAAAGUACGCCGAAACAGGUACUGCUGAGUACAGGAGAUUGCCAUCGUUGGUGAUUUGUCCUCCAUCCUUGACUGGACACUGGGAGCAAGAAAUUAAUCAAUACGCUCCAUUUAUGAAAGUGUUGGUAUAUGCGGGUAAUCCUAGUACAAGAACACCAUUGAGAAGCCAACUACCUCAUGCAGAUGUUGUUGUAACAUCAUAUGAUGUUUCUCGAAAUGAUGUUGAGUAUUUGAGUUCGUUGGAUUACAAUUAUUGUGUAUUGGAUGAAGGUCACAUCAUCAAAAAUGCAAAUUCCAAACUCUCGAAAUCAGUAAAACAAAUUCGUGCUGAGCACAGAUUGAUUUUGUCGGGAACCCCUAUUCAAAACAAUGUGUUGGAAUUAUGGUCAUUAUUUGAUUUUUUAAUGCCAGGGUUUUUGGGUACGGAAAAGGUUUUCCAUGAGAAAUUUGCCAAGCCUAUUGCCGCUAGUAGAAAUAGCAAAACUUCCUCCAAGGAACAAGAAGCUGGUGCAUUGGCACUUGAAUCCUUGCACAAACAAGUUUUGCCAUUUAUGUUGCGUCGUCUUAAAGAAGAUGUGCUUUCGGAUUUACCACCAAAGAUUAUCCAAGAUUAUUAUUGUGAAUUGAGUGACUUGCAAAAGAAGUUGUACCGUGAUUUUGCCAAGAAUGAAAAAGAAAGUAUCAAAAAUGAUGUGUCCUCGACUGAAAAGGAGGGUAAGACGCAUGUUUUCCAAGCAUUACAAUACAUGAGAAAAUUGUGUAAUCACCCGGCAUUGGUUGUAUCACCAAACCAUCCCAAAUAUGAUGAAGUUGAGCUGUUCCUUGCUUCGAGGCAUUCGCAAUUGAGGAAUAUAGAGCAUUCGCCAAAACUACAAUCAUUGAGAACGUUGCUACUUGAAUGUGGUAUUGGAACUCAAGAUUCUGAUUAUGGCAAACUGAGUCAAAAGAAGUCCAAUGAUGCACUCAUGCCCCUUGAAGGAGUCAUAUCUGAACAUCGUGCUUUAAUAUUUUGUCAGUUGAAAGAUAUGUUGGAUAUCGUUGAGAAUGACUUGUUGAAGAAAUAUCUUCCAUCAGUCACUUAUAUGAGAUUGGACGGAAGUACCGAUCCAAGAAACCGGCAAGCCAUUGUGCGCAAGUUUAAUGACGAUCCCUCGAUUGAUGUGUUGCUUUUAACAACUAAAGUUGGUGGAUUAGGAUUAAAUUUAACUGGUGCUGAUACAGUUAUCUUUGUUGAGCAUGAUUGGAAUCCAAUGAGUGAUUUACAAGCAAUGGAUAGAGCUCAUAGAUUGGGACAAAAGAAAGUUGUCAAUGUAUAUCGUUUGAUUACCAAGGAUACCCUUGAAGAAAAGAUUAUGGGAUUGCAAAAAUUCAAAAUGAACAUUGCUUCAACCAUUGUCAAUCAGCAAAAUGCAGGAUUACAGUCAAUGGAUACUAAUCAAUUGUUGGACUUGUUUGAUGUUGAAGAUGGUGGAGUUAAAAUGGAAGAAGGUGGUGGUAAUGCAAACGAUAAUGGAGCAGCAAGUGGUAAUGGAAAUGGAGCUGGUGCCAAUCUUGGAAACGGAGGCAAUAAUGUUACGGAAGAACUUACUGGUGGUUUGACUGGUAAAGCGGCUGGUGCAGUUGGAGAAUUGGGUGAGUUGUGGGAUGAACAACAGUAUGAAGAUGAAUAUAAUCUCGACAAUUUCAUCAAAACCUUGAAAUGA